AUAGAGAAGUAACAAUGUAGUUAGUUACCAACAGCCAUUAUAUAAGUUCAGAGGUGACAGAGAGGAGGCACACUAGAGAAUUAAAAGUAAACACUGGCGUUAUUAGGCAAAUAAAGGAUCUGUAUAGGCUACUGAAAGCCAGAAGAUGACCUAGCAGGCCAACAUACUGGGGCUUGAGGUUCAUACUAUGUUGAAUGGAAAAUACUGAUCUGGUGUGGAUGUAGAAGUAGCUGAUAACGACAAGUUCUAGGACAAUUUAAACAUUUGAAGUUAUACCUCUGUGCCUUAGCCUGGCUGGAUCUCUUACAAUGGGAUUGUUUCAGUUAUUACUAUGCAUAUGUGUGGUACGAGUGGGGUGUGAAUCAAGCACCUCAGUUGCAACCCCAAAUAAACCAACUUCACCAACUUCACCAACUUCACGUAUUCCCAGUGGAACAACAGAUUCUGCACCAACUAUAACAACAGAAACUAUGAAAUCAGUUACUACAACACCAACUACAACAAUCCUACCAAUGACCACUUACAUUCCAGCCGAUGUGGAUAAUGUCACUGUAACAGGGCAAAAUGAGACCAGUGUAACUCUGCUUUGGAAAAAGGUGGAAGGAAGAGUGACCGAUUAUAUACUUAAUUCAACCAACGGGCCAAAUACUACUUGCCCCGCCAACCAAACAAAUACGACCAAUGUAACAUGUACAGUGUCCUCUCUCACUCCUGGGACAAAAUAUGAAUUCACCCUCUUCACUGUGUUUGGUAACGUUAACAGCAAAGGACGUCCAUUCUCUGCAGUUACCGCUCCCAUCAACGUGGCCAAUGUCAGUGUGACAGAGCAGAAUGAGACGAGCGUCACUCUGCUGUGGAACAAGGUGACGGGAGAAGGGAUCAGCUAUCAGCUCCAGUUCAGCAAUGGGACAAUUGUUACCAUCGUGGGGUCUGAUACCCAAAUCACAGUCACAUACACGGUCUCCCCUCUUGAGGCUGGGUCAAAAUACAACCUCACUCUCUUCACUGUGUUUGAAAAUAUCCGGAGCAGUGGUUCUACAAAUUUUCUCGCAAUCACCCGUCCCUUAAGUGUAGCUGACGUCAAGGUGACAGGGCAGAAUGAGAGCAGUAUAACUCUGCAGUGGAACACGGUGAACGGAUCAGGGAUCACUUAUAACCUGCAGGUCAACAACGGGACUCACAUUAUCAUCACAAGUGAAACAACAUACACAAUCUCAAAUCUCACAGCUGGGGAAAAAUAUAACCUCACUGUCUUUGCUGUGUUCGAAAACGUCCGUAGUUUCGGAAAGGAAUUAUCUACAGUCACAGCUCCCCGCAAUGUUGUGAAUUUCCAUGAAACAAACCGUAAUAUAACCAGUGUAACUCUGAGCUGGACCAGGCCGGAGAAUGGCGUCACCAGUUACAUGCUGAACUUCACUGACAAACAAAACACAAUCAUUGAUGGAACCCAAAUGUCAUACACUGUUUCACAUCUCCAAGCUGGUAAAAGAUAUGACUUCAUCCUCUUUACUGUGUUUGAAGACAUCAAGAGCAGUGGGAAACACUUCUUUACAGUCACAAGAAUAUUCUGUCCUGGUUUGACCUGGGUGGUCACCAAUUCAUCCAUUAAGGCUGAGCUAUUCUCCUAUGAUACUGUCGCCUAUGGAACUGUAAAUAAUGAAAAUCACACUGUCCGACCUGAGAAAGAUAGAACGCUGACAUUCACUAAUCUUAACCCUGGCUCAACCUAUGACGUGACCCUUUGGUUUAACAACACAACUGUAAAACUUGAACUGUGCAAACACAAUGAGAUUGUGGUUCCCCCAGACCUGAAGGAUCUGACAUGCAACUACCUGUCCGGGGGGUAUGCCUUCUCUCUGUCCUGGGAUGCACCAAAGGGACUCUGGACCAGUGUACAGGUGAACGUGACUGGGAAAAGCACUAACACGAUCGAGGGAAAACAUGUAAAGAAUGCUGAAAUCACUGGGGUUCAACCUGCCCAGACCUAUCACAUGACUUUGGCUUCAAUCUCUGGGCAUCGGAGGAGUAAUGCCGUGUCUUUCAGCUGUCAAACAGACCCAAGGGGGGUCAUAUCGGGGUCAGUUAUGGCUGUGGUUCUUCUCUGCAUCUUGGUUUGUCUGGCUUUUGUCAUCUGGCGACGAAAGCCAACCAUGUUCAGCCGGCCCAAGUCGAUGUUUAUGGAAUCAAAGCUAGCCAAGGAUAAAUAUAAGCCUAUUCCAUUGGGGAAGUUUCCCGACCACUACCAAAGAAUGAGUGCUGACAUGAACAGAGGAUUUAGUGAGGAGUAUGAGGAUUUUCUGAAUGUUGGCAAAGAGCAGACUCAAAGGGCGGCUGAACUGGAGGAGAACAGAAGCAAGAACCGCUUUAGCAAUGUAUUACCGUAUGACUGGUGUCGUGUGAAGCUAAUGAUGCUAAACCAUGACCCAAGUUCUGACUACAUAAAUGCCAAUUACAUGCCUGGCUACGGCAACAGCAGGCAGUACAUUGCUGCCCAGGGUCCCCUGCCCAACACCGUCAAUGACUUUUGGAGAAUGAUAUGGGAACAAAGGGUAAAUGGUGUCGUCAUGGUAACCAACUGCAUUGAAGGAGGGAAGGCUAAAUGUGAGCAGUACUGGCCUCUGGACUACACACCGUGCCUGUACGGAGACCUGUUGGUUACCGUCAGUUCAGAGAAGAGGGAAACCAGCUGGACAUUGCGCGAGUUUGUGGUGAAAAAUAGAAACGUGUCUGAGGAGCGCCUUGUCAAACACUUCCACUUCACGGCCUGGCCCGACCACGGAGUCCCAGACGGAACGCAGGCUCUGAUCCAGUUCAGAGGGUUGGUUCGACAUUACAUAGAAGACCAGCCUUACACUGGCCCCACCGUAGUGCACUGCAGCGCCGGGGUGGGCAGAACGGGCACCAUCAUCACCCUGGAUGUGAUUCUACAGCAGCUGGAGAGGGAGAGGGUGGUGGGCAUCGCUGCCUUCGUGCACAAGUUAAGGCUGAGUCGACCCUUGAUGGUUCAGACGGAGCCACAGUAUAUUUUCCUGCACCAAUGCAUCAUGGAUUCUCUGGAGCCCGAAGAGAAGAUGCCACAAGAGCCCCUAUAUGAGAACACGGACAUGAUCUACGUUAACGCAACAGCACUGAGGGAGUUUCAAACUGCCAAUCCAAAGAUCUGAAGAUUAGGCCAUAGAUUAGUCUGCUCUGUUAAUUGUAACCUUUCUGGAAAGAAAAUCCUAAUAAGCCCAAGAAGAUAAGUUUAUUUUAUGAAGCCAUUUGGGUAAACUUUACUGAAAUCAAAAUCUAGGAGACAAAAUAUCACAACUUGGCUCUAAGGGGUGGUCUGUCCUCUCCUGGCUGUGCCGUCUGGAGAUUGAAAAAAGCCCAACAAUGUUCAAUGCCACAUUUAUCUUAAACGAUAUUCAACAGAUCUCAUUACCAGCAGGUCAAAGACUACCGUUGGGGAGUGGCCAGCGACAACAGGGAUCUUUACCAGCAAAACAAAACGUUGGACUUCGGACAGAGAAAGCUAGGAGUAAGACCAGUGAAAACACUGAUCUCUUCUAGUCUUCUGCAUAUUUGUAUUUCUUUUUUAAUCUAUUUACAAUCACCUGUAUAUACUUUCUUAGCCUGUGUUGUGUGUCGUCAUUCAAUGUGUAUGUUUAGGGAUUUCAGCACAGUACAAUUAGGUGUAAUUGAGGUAAUUUAUUUUUUUCCAUCAAGGUUUUAAAAUUAACAUCGCUGUGUGUUUUCAAUAAGCUCAUUUCAGAGCGUAUCCACUUAAUUCAUCAAGAAUUUGCAUACUGACCAUUUAUAUAAAAGAAAUUCCUUAAAAUGAAUGUAUCAUAAAGCAUAAAAAAAUAUAAUCAAUUUUCCACAACAAAACAGGCUGAAUAAAAGACAACGUCCAUACUUCCUCUGAUUA